UGUUUCAGUUCGGACGGUUGGGAUAAUCCUUUCAGACCCGACGGUGACCUGUCCAAAGAAGCUGACCAGAUAGUCGAACUGAUUAAAGAAGGCAAACCGAUUACGCCUACGCCCACGAGCGCUACGUCGCCGCUGUUGCCGGACCACAGCUCGGACGUUAAGCACGACCAACAGCCGGUGACGUCCACGCCAACAAAGGCGAACGGAACGUGCAACGAAAAGAACGCGGUACCACCCAAUGUGGAAGUCCAAAGAGGAACUGUGAUAAAUGGAAACGAGCCUUCCCAAGUGGAACACGUAGUAUUGAAGAAAAAACCAAAAUGCAGGUGUUGUGUUAUACAAUAACAUGCAACUGGAUAUACACACGUUUUUAUUUCUACGUAAAACAUAAUCCAAAAAUGCAUAAACCAAAAAACAAGAACGYGCUGUACCUUAUUCARCUAUGUUGUUCGUGAAAUAAUCACGUCCUCGCGAUUCAAAAUUAUUUUUCAGAGCUAUAUUAUUAUAUAUAUAUAUAUAUGUUUGUACCUAUGUUUGUAUUUAUAAGUAUAUAUAAAACUUUACAAUUUGUAUUAUAAAAAUAAUGACUUUUCUAUAUAAAUACCUGGUAAUACGGUAUAAAUAAAUGUCACAUAGUUCCUUUUUAUAUAUAUUAUGAUAUUUAUUGAUUAAAAAAAAAAAAAAAAAAAAAAAAAAU